AUGCUACCCUACUUUGAUUACCAGUUUCGUGUAAUCAUAAUUGGCGAUAGUAUGGUUGGGAAGUCUUCUUUAAUGAAAAGCUUCGUAGAGGGGAAUUUCAAUCCCGUUUCAGAUCCAACUAUUGGAGUUGAUUUCUUCUCACGAACUGUUCGAAUUCAAGAGGAUGUUUUCGUCAAGUUGCAAUUAUGGGAUACUGCUGGUCAAGAAAAGUUUAGAACGAUCACGGCUUCUUACUAUCGCAAUUGUGUUGGGGUUGUUGUUGUCUUCGAUCUCACUGAUAGGGAAACAUUCGACCAUGUUUCUGAUUGGUAUAAAGAGGCUCGUGGUUCUAUUAAAUGCUCUGCGCCUGUUUUUAUUUUAGUUGGCCACAAAGCUGAUCGUCGCGAUGAAAGACAAGUUUCCAAAAUAGAAGCUGAGUCUCUUGCGCAACGGCUCGGUGAUUAUAUAUACAUUGAAACAUCUUCACUUACGGGCCAAAAUAUUGAGAAAACUUUUGAAUUGCUAGCUGAGGGCAUCUACUCCAAUGUUAUUAAAGGGAGUUACAGUGAUUUAUGCGCAGGUGGUGUUUGGGAUGGUGUUAAACAGGGUCAUAAUGCAGUAUUGGCUGCAUCAUUAGCAAGCAGAUCAUUACAGUUCGAUCGAGAUGAACCGAAACCACAUGGAGACUGUUGUUAA